AUGACUUCGAACAGCUUCCGAGAGUAUAUUUCAGAGAUCGAUAUCGGUUUCGUUGUGAACAGCGUUGGUGUGGGAAGAGAAAAUCUGGAGCGCUACGGUGACAACCCAGAGGCCGAUCGACAAAUUCUCAAAGUGAAUGCCCUUGGAGCAGCCGAGUUCCUCUCAAUGGUUCUGCCGCCAAUGGAAAGAUGCGGUGGAGGUCAGAUUGUCGUGCUCUCAUCGUCUCAAGGGAUCAGACCUAUUCCACUUCUAGCGGCUUACUCGGCUGCCAAGUCAAUGCUGCUGUUCCUGAGCGAGACCAUCGAUCGGGAACAUCCAACGAUCUCGGUUCAAUGUCUUACUCCAGCGUUGGUCGCCACAAAAAUGGUGUACUAUGAGAGAGGUUCAACUUUUGUGGUUACACCCGAUAACUUUGUCAGAGAAGCGGUCAACUCUAUUGGACUAACCAAGAAGACCAGUGGAUGCUUUAAUCAUGAAAUACAGGUACGUGCCUGA